GCUAGCCGACACCAUUCAACCGUUGAGCACCCCCUGGGUCGGCCACUGGUUUAAGGCAGUUUCUCCACUGGCUAAUCAACCAAUUCCACUCACAUACAGGUCAGGGCUGGCUUGUAUUACCACAGAGCUCUGUAACGCCAGUGUGAGUUAGACGUGGACCGCACCAUCAUGUCGCGGGGACGAGACCACCACGUGGCUGUUGUCGGGGGAGGAUUGGUUGGUGCAUUAAAUGCCUGUUUUCUGGCUAAGCGUGGUUUCAAAGUGGACAUGUAUGAAAUGAGAGCGGAUAUCAGAACUCAGGAAAUUGUUCACGGAAGAAGCAUCAAUUUGGCGAUGUCAUACCGGGGUCGAGAGGCUUUGCGCCAUAUUGGAUUGGAGGAUGAGGUUGUUCGUAAUGGUACUCCGAUGUAUGCUCGAAUGAUCCACCGUCUGGAUGGAACUACUCGAUCUAUUCCUUAUGGCAAAAAAGACCAGUACAUCAUGUCCGUCGACCGAAGAAAACUAAACGAGCUACUACUAACAGCUGCGGAGAAGUACCCGAACGUGACCCUGUAUUUCCACCACAAGUUUGUUAGCUGUGACUUCAAGACAGGAGAAAUGGUAUUUGAAAAUGAAAGAGGCGAGAGAGUGACGCGUAAAGCUGAUGUGAUAAUCGGAUGUGAUGGUGCGUUCUCGUCUGUGAGACGUCAGAUCAUGAAGAACACACUGUUCAACUACGAGCAGACGUACAUACCUCACGGCUACAUCGAGCUGUGCAUCCCGCCCACACACGACGACAAGUUUGCAAUGGGCGUGAACUAUCUCCAUAUCUGGCCACGAAACGAGUUCAUGUUGAUCGCCCUGCCAAACAAAGACAAAACCUACACCACGACACUGUUUAUGCCAUUUGAAAUCUUCGAGAAAACCAACACCGAGGAAAAACUCAUGAAUUUCUUCAGAACAUAUUUUCCAGAUUCUAUCAACUUUCUUGGCGAAGAUAACCUGAAGAACACCUACAUGAACACCCCAGCGUUACCUCUCGUGUCAGUGAAGUGCCACCCAUACCACGUGGAUGGCAAAGGUCUGAUAAUGGGGGAUGCAGCACAUGCGAUGGUUCCAUUCUACGGUCAAGGAAUGAAUGCAGGAAUGGAGGAUUGCAUUGUGCUUGAUGACAUGCUGAAUCAGUACAACGAUGACUUCACAAAAGCGCUGCCAGCCUUCACUGAAAUGAGGAACAUUGACGCCAAGGCAAUUUGUGACCUCGCCAUGUACAACUACAUUGAGAUGCGGCAAGGUGUGAAUUCACGACUUUUUAUUCUAAGGAAGAAAUUGGAUAAUUUACUCUACGCCCUCUUUCCAAACACGUGGAUUCCACUAUACACUAUGGUUUCAUUCACAAGGAUUCGUUACCAGCAGUGUAUCUUGAAUCGGCAAUGGCAGGACCAGUUUCUGAAGCGAGUUAGCUAUGGAGUUGUCGUGGGUGGCGUCUUCCUCGGGUGCUACCUAGUGAGGAACAAAUUAUUAAACGAAGAGAUAUCCUUGCUAGCUCUUUCAGAGUGGCUGCCCAUCCAUCUCUCUCCUCUCUCCAAGUGGUUCGGCCACAUGUGGACGCAGUGAUCUGCAAUACUAAACGACUCCGGAGAGAUUUGGUUUGGAACAAGACACGACUAUGUGUUUAUCGACACCUCAGUACAUAGUAGACUUCGGUUGUUUGGUGUUUAACUGUGUUAUGAUUAUCCUAUUAAAAUUAAUAAAUUAUUGAAGUGUA